AGGGGGUUCUCUGUUAGGGCAGAAAAUACAUAUAGGUGGAACCCAUAAAACUGCGAGUUCUGUAAGUUUAGCUAGUCACACAUCUUUUUAUUAUUUUAUAUUUAAACUUAACGUGCAACAAAGAUGACCACCGCCGUGGUGUCGCCUUUCUUCGAUUUCAGCGAAGUGAUAAACAAGAAUAGCAAAAUGCUCAACUACAACAACAACAACGUAGUGGGCGCACCCCACCUGAUGGCCGUCCCGUGCACGGGCGCCAACCCCCCCACCUCCGCCGGGCCUCUGCUGGACAGGAAGGCGGUGGGCACGCCCUCGGCGGGGGGCGGCUACCAGCGCCGGCACUCGGUCACGCUGCCCAGCUCCAAGUUCAACCAGAACCAGUUCCUCAACAGCCUGAAGGUGGAGGCCUCGCUCUCCACGGGGGGCAGCGGCGGGGGCAGCAACAAGGAGAACCGAUUCCGCGACCGCUCCUUCUCGGAGACCGGCGAGCGGCUGCUGCAGAAGUGCGGCAGCGUCGUCGCCGGCGGCAACAACAACGGCGGCGUCGCCGGCGGCAACGGCCAGGUGAACUCCAGCCGCUACAAGACGGAGCUGUGCCGGCCCUUCGAGGAGAACGGCACCUGCAAGUACGGCGACAAGUGCCAGUUCGCCCACGGCAUCCACGAGCUCCGCAGCCUGAGCCGGCACCCCAAGUACAAGACGGAGCUCUGCCGCACCUUCCACACCAUCGGCUUCUGCCCCUACGGCCCGCGCUGCCACUUCAUCCACAACGCCGAGGAGCGCCGGGGGCCCCCUCCGCUCUCCGCCUCCAACAAGCUGGACCGGCCGCGGCUGCACCACAGCUACAGCUUCGCCGGCUUCACCAGCUCGGCCGGCCUGCAGGACAGCCCCACGUCCGUCACUCCGCCGCCCAUCUUCUCCGCCGAGGACCUGGGCGAGUGGCCCAGCAACCCCUUCACCUACUCCAGCCAGGAGCUGGCCAACCUGUUCAGCCCGGGCCUGGGCGCGCCCGCCAACGCCGACCCCUCCGCCCAGCCGCCGGCCUCCCCCACCGCGCCCUACUUCUUCAGGCCCAUGUCGGAGUCGCCGCAGAUGUUCGAGGUCCCGCCCAGCCCGCCGGACUCCCUCUCCGACCAGGAGGGCUACCAGAGCAGCUCGGGCAGCCUGAGCGGGUCGGAGUCCCCCAUCCUGGACACCACCCGCCGGCUCCCCAUUUUCAGCAGACUCUCCAUCUCAGAUGAUUAAAGCCCCCCCCUGCCCCCUCUCACCCUGCACACGCACAUGCACACGCACACGCACACGCACACACACACACACACACACACACAAGAUGGAGUUUGUGUAAGAGAAAUUGGCACUCCCCUCUACCUCCCGUCCUGCCCGUUCACCCCCCCACCCCUCGUCUUGGCCUUGUUUACAUACCGACAAAAUGGGAUGGAUUUAGUUUUCAUACAAUAUUUUUAUUUGAAGUGCCAGAACAGAUUUUCUUGCUCUCUGGAACAGUGGUCCGAGACCUCUUAUCAGUCCCCUCUAAACCUCCCACGAAUCACAAACACACUUACACGCAUGUGCCUUCCCCACUGAACCGUAGUUUCUGAAGGACACGUGUUGAAUUAAGGGAAUCUUUUUUUUCUUUUUCUUUUUUUUCUAGAAACAAACAAAAACAUUUUCUUUUGGACAUCCCUGCCCCCAUUCCCAUCCCUACCAGUUUACUGCCCACAACCUUCUUUCCUACACCCCCUCCCCCAUGCUUCCCUUUUGAGUUACCGUGCCAAAAAGAAGUGGAAAGAAAGCGGUGUUGGAAAAAGGUAUCGGACUGUAACUCGGGCCCGGCACCGUCUGUCUUUCUUCUCGACGUGUAGCAGCGCAGGAGGUGCCGUGGCCUGGGGGAAAAGAUUCACGCUCUCUCUCUCUCUCUCUCUCUCUCUCUCUCUCUCUCCCUCUCCCUCUCCCUCUCUCUCUACCAGCCAAGCUUGAUACUACCACUGAGGGCCUCCUCCUUGAGCAAGAGGACGCAUGCUCAGAAAUGCACAUUUACAACUACAGCCUUAUCUUCAAGUGUAGUUUCUAAAAACAAAAAAGCAAAAAAAAAAAAAAAAAGUUAAAGGAAAAGUGAACAUUUUAAAGUGCCUGGGGGUUAAUCCUGCAUGUGCUGGGACGUGUGGACUCCGGUUCUCCUUUGUUCUUUGUCGUCGGUAGCUUGCUUUCUCCCAUCCGAGAGCUCUGCCCGGUCUUUGUCAACGAGUGAACAAAAAGGAAGGUUUGCAGGAAAGACUUCGCUUUCGAGAUUUAAGAUUGGGCUCCGGAAACAGCCAGGAAAAAAAGAAAAGAGAGAAAAAAAAAAAAAAGACUCUUAUUUUGGUGCUACGGGCCCAAUCCAUCGUCACGGCAACUCAAGAACGUGCGAGGCCUUGGAAUCAAAACGACGACAACAACAACAACAACAAAAAAAGAGAUAAAAUUGUGCCGUUUUCCUCCUGUUGCUGGUCACUGUAUAUUGGGAAGGGAAACUUUAUUUGUAAACUUUUAGUAACGUUUAGAUUUCUGCCCCCUGCCUCCGAAGGCCCUGCUUCGUCCAUCUGCCAGCAGCAGGAAGUGCCUGAACUCUGUGGUGCUGUGUGCCAACCUGUCCUCUGGGCUGGAGCCACCCAAACGCCCUCCUCCCACAGAGCCCACUUUGUGGAGCACUUUGUACCCAUCCUAGUCUUUUUUUUUUUUUUUUUUUUUUUCUUUGUUUUUUUUUUUCUUUUUUUUUGAUUUAUUAUUAUUAUUAUUAUAUUAUUAUUAUUAUUACUGUUAUUGUUUGGAGAAAAACUUUCAGAACGGAAGGUUUUGCUUGUCACUGCUUAUUUAACUUAUCAAAAAACGUAUUUAUUGCUGAUCAUAUGCAUUUUUUUUGUUAAUUUUGUUUGUAUUUAUCUGGAUAAUGAAACGAUAGAAUAUAUUUUCUUUUAUGUUAAAUUAUGAUCUUCCGUAUUAAUCUAAAAAGAUUGUGAACUUUUGUCAUUUUUCCUUUUUUCACAGUUUAAUAUAUUAUACUACAAUGACUUUCGUUUGCAACUACACAUUGUUUAAAUGAAACUUAAUUUAAAGCAAAAAAAAAAAUGCAAAAAAAGUUUUGCGUUUUGAUUAUUUAUUGUAGUUUUUUUUUUUUUUUUUUGCUCUUCUCUUGUUGGACUGCAAUUUCAGGAUCUUUAGUACUGCCACUUGUCAUUCCUCAACUUUGACCUUUUUAGAGCCUACAAACUGUGUUGCCUUGACAGAAACAGUUAUUUCCUGUUAUUUUUCCUAAGUGUUUUUUUUCCAUAACGAAUAUCCACUGUUUUAAUCCCUCGCCACCCCCAACAAGAACAUAACAGCUGGUUCCUUAUUGGGUGCUUGUGAUCUUUCCGGGCGCUCUCAUUGGCCCCUUUCAGUCUCCAGAACAUGACCUCACUGUUCUUACCUAGGGCUGUGACAAUCGGCAUAGUGAGCUGUCCGGGGCUCCUUGUCACAACUUUGUAAGCCGAGAUGUGUGCCUUCCUCAGAAAGGGAUCUUCUUGAGUUGGGGGAGGGUUUAAAAUGAAUGUGUUUUUGUUUUUUUUGUUUUAUUAAAGUGACAUGGGGCCCAUUCCUGAUAAAAAAAAAAAAAAAGAUAAAUAUAUUCAUUCCGCAAAUUGAACCGUUUACAGUGGCUUUUGAAGAAGUCGUGACAACAUGCAACUUAAAAUGUAAAGGCGUGAAUUGAGCGUUGGGUUGGUGGUGAUGCGGGGAGACGUCAACCCCGAGACGGCUCCCCUAGUCACACUGUCGAACACCUACCCAGUCACAGGUGCUCGAAGGGACCAAACUGUGUGUGUGUGUGUCUGUGUGUGUGUGAGAGAGAGAGUGUGAGCGAGAGAGUGUGAGCGAGAGAGUGUGAGCGAGAGAGUGUGAGCGAGAGAGUGUGAGCGAGAGAGUGUGAGAGAGAGUGUGAGAGAGAGUGUGAGAGAGAGUGUGAGAGAGAGUGUGAGUGUCUUUUCCGUAUUGGAUUGGAUGUUUGGAUCUCUCACCCCAACAUUAAGUGCCUCUUUUUGUAAACAUUCCAGGUAGCUGAGGAAUUAUGCCUUUUUUCCCCUUUUUUUUGUGAUAAAAAUGGAUGUUAAAAAAAGAA